CGGAAGAAAAGGACGUUGUUUUGAAAUUAUUCUAAACUUUGGAAUUAUUGCAUUUCUCGGAACGAGUAGUGACAGAUAUUUCAUAAGAAGAAAAUGUUUACAGUCAGAAGGUAGUGGUGGGUUAUAACGAACUUGUGAGUGCCUUGCUCUGAUGUAGCCUGAGCAGUCAUCUCUCUGCACUGUUAGCUAAUCUACAGUCCAUCAGUUUUAUUUUGGACGCUUGUAAGAGUGUAAGGAUGAGUUCUGUCAGACAUCUAGCGUACAGUAGGUUGUUCUGUCAUCUCAGUAAAUCAAAAAGUGUGCCCAAGUCAGUUUCCAGUCAUGGCAGCCAGACAAGGCUGUUCAGCAGGUCCAGCAGAUGCAGGACUAUCAUGCCUGCCUGGGUCAUUGACAAGUAUGGAAGCAAUGAUGUUUUACGGUACACUAAAAACGCUCCUUUCCCCGUCAUCAACUAUCCCAAUGAGGUCAUUGUCAAAGUGUUUGCAGCAGGACUGAAUCCGAUUGAUGUCGGCAUGAGAGGUGGCUAUGGUGCAGCUACGAUGUCUAUGAAGAGAGACCCUCUGAAACUAAAGCAGUCAGGCAGCGAGUUCCCUCUCAUUCUGGGAAGAGACAUGUCUGGGGUCGUCAUGGAGUGUGGCCUGGAUGUGAAGUACUUCAAAGAAAGAGAUGAGGUGUGGGCUGCCAUCCCCCCGUGGAAACAGGGCACCUUGGCUGAGUUUGUGGUGCUGAGUGCCAAUGAGGUUUCCCACAAACCAAAGUCGCUGAGCCACGUAGAGGCAGCAGCCAUCCCCUACGUGGCAACCACUGCCUGGUCAGCUCUGGUUAAUACUGGCGGGCUCAGUAAGGACAACUGUGCCAACAAGCGGAUUUUGAUCCUUGGAGGGUCCGGGGGAGUGGGGACAUUUGCUAUACAGAUGCUAAAGGCCUGGGGAGCCCAUGUAACUGUGACCUGCUCCCAGAAUGCCGAGCGGUUCGUCCGGGAACUCGGGGCGGACGACGUGGUGGACUACACUUCUGGACCUGUUGAGGAGCCACUCGGUGAGCUGGAGAAAUUUGACCUGAUCCUGGAUAACGUUGGGGGCGACACAGAGCGUUGGGCGAUGAAUCUGCUUAAGCCUUGGAGUGGCAGCAAAUAUGUCACCCUUGUAACCCCGUUCCUCCAGAACACCGACAUGCUGGGUUUGGCUGACGGCAUGGUGAAGACUGCAGCUACAGUGGCCACCAAAGCUCUAAAGCACCUAUAUAAGGGAGUUCACUACCGCUGGGGAUUCUUUGCACCUUGUGGUUCUGCACUGGAUGAAGUAAGGGACAUGGUGGAUGCAGGACAGAUCCGGGCCGUGGUGGAGGAGACGUUUCGCUUCUCGCAGGUUCCCCAGGCCCUUGACAAGGUGGAGAAAGGUCACGCCCGAGGAAAGACUGUGGUAGAGAUCAGCAAAGGGGGGCAAGACUUUGAGCACUGACUCUUGAAGCGUGUGUGCAAUUUUCUUUUGCACAAUUAUGAAACAAACUGAAUGAACGUAAUUUAAAAUCAAGGUUUCAACUUAUUAUACACACAGGAUGCUUCUCCAAUCUGUGGCUUUUGUACUUAUGUCUUCUUAGAAACGUUUGCCUCAAUGAAUAAUAAAUAAGCUACUAAAAGGAAA